GGUGUGGGACUGGUGCCAGAUGAAUCACCUGAUCUAUAUCAGGAAAAUGAGGAACUUAAGGAGCAAAUCCAAAAAUUAGCUCAUCAAAUUGAAUUUAUGAAGACUGUACAUAUGCAAAUCAAUAAUCGACAUUUGAAACCGAAACCCGGUGGCUAUUUCACCAUAACAUCAACAUCAUUCCAGGCCCCAUUCAGUAAAAAUAAUAUGUCUUCUACACAAACGCAAACCUCCAAGACCGGUAAUGAUGAUUCCCAGACCGGUUCCAUAAAUAAAGGUUUUCCCACCAACUUAACACCCUCAAAAACAAAAUCAAAAACAACCGAAAAAGUUUGACGAGGUCAACGAAGUGAAAAAGAUUGCUCAAAUGAAUUUUUUAUUUGGACUACAAACGAACCGCCACAACAAUAUCAGCUGGAUGGCGAUAUUGGCCAGUGUAACACCACCAGCG